ACCCAGCUCAUUGGCUGGAUAAGGCACACGCAUGCACAGAAAAACACACACCAUUCAGCAACAGAUAGCUCAUUGAAGUGGUCGAGAGUACACCAGUGCACGGUUAGCGCCUGACUCAAAACAGGACUUUAUUGUGACUUUGGGAGGUAAAAUACCACAAAAAUGACUGACAGAAUGAUUGACUUGGAUGAGAACGCGACCCACACAGGUCCAAAGGGAGUUAUCAAUGACUGGAGGAGGUUUAAGUUGGAAAGCAUGGAUCGGGAAAACUUGCCUUCGGCAAAAAAAGAACUGCUGAGACAAAUGUCGUCCCCCAAUAAGUCGAAAGGGGAUUCCAGAGCAAAUCUUAACCGAAAGAUGAGUGUCCAAGAGUAUGAACUGCUGAAAGAGGAGGAUGAGGGAUGUAUGAAGAAGUACAGAAGGCAGUGCAUGGAGGAGAUGCACAACAAGCUCAGCUUCGGGCCCAAGUUCGAAGGUGUGCACGACCUGGACAGCGGAGAAGCCUUCCUGGAGGUCAUUGAGAAGGAGCAUUACAGCACAGUGGUGGUGGUCCACAUCUACAAGAAUGGGAUCAAAGGCUGCGAGCAGCUCAACAGCUGCCUCGACUGCCUGGCCACCGAGUACCCCACCGUCAAGUUCUGCAGGAUCGAUGCCGUCGCAUCCGGCGCCGCUGAGCGUUUCUCAGAUGAAUAUUUACCCACGGUGCUGGUGUACAAAGCCGGAGAGCUACUGGGGAACUUCCUGUCCUGCACGCAGCACCUAAACGAGGAGUUCUUUGCCACUGACGUGGAGGCCUUCCUCAACAGUUACGGCCUGCUGCCGGAGAAAGAGCUGCCAAAGAUGGAUGACGAAGAAGACAACGAUGUCGAGUAAAUCGAGUUUGGGAAAAGAAGCAAUGUCAGGGAGCUUUAAAAAAGAUCAAACAGAGACAAUUUUGUAAAUAAAUCAACAAAAAAAGUAAAUUUUGGGGGCUUUGACAUAUAUUACAGCCGCAUAAUUCCUGUAGAACAUCUGUGUUAAGGAAACAUGUUACAUCCGGGUAUCGAGGAGCCCUAACCCUAACCCUCAGUCUCCCUGAUGCGGGCGAUGAUGAAUAAGAAUAAGUGUGAUGAUGAGGAGAUUGAUCAUCAUCACGCUGAUCAAAGCCAAAUCAAGGUAACUGUAACUAUAUUGCAACAUUUUUUUUUCUUAGGAAAUGUUACAUGCUAUACAUGCUUGUAAAUGACUUAUUCAUAGCCAAUUUGUAGUAUUUGACUUAUAUGUCCUCAAGUUACUUGUAAAAGUUCCAUAAUAAUCAUAUCAGAUCAUAUCUCCAACUGUAAUAUAGUAUCCACGUGUAUAUUUAUUAUUUCGAGCUGUUGAGACUUACCUUCCAGCAUCUGGACGGGAGGUGAUUACUAAGUCUUAACAUUCACCAGCUUCAUUUACGUCAAUAAAAUGUGAACAGUGCAGAAGGUAUUCCUUUUUGUGUAUUUUAUAUCGCGCAGAAGAAGGUUGUGGGAAUGUACAAAAAGGAAGCUGUGAGUCUUCAAAGUAAAUACUUAAUGUUUAAUGUUUUUAACAAUGUACUAUGACAUGACACCCUCUUGUACUUAUGAAUAAAAGCAAAACAGCAACAUUUUGCGUG